CAGGCUGGCUGGCUUCAGUUUGAAGCAGGAGCUCAUGCUCAUAUUAUGGCCCAACAUUCUGCUGAAGAAAUGCAAAUCAUUUUGUACCGUGGGCGAGAUUUGGUGCUUUAUGAUGCACACCACCACCGGGCAUUUGCCCGGAGAGUGACGCAGGAGCAAGCACAAGUUUUGCUUCGCAACCGCAGGAACAGCUCCUGUCCUUUGUGUAAGCAAGCGUUGAGUGAUUCAUGGGCAUUUGUAGUGGAGGGCUACUGGGAAACAAUAAGAAGAGUUUUCUCCGCGAAUGCUUCUUGUGAUGAAGAAGCGGCAGCAAUUGCGCAACUUCAUAGCAUCGCUGCAGGGCUGUUGAACACAGGGUAUUACGCUCGGUUUUUCAAGGAGGAGAGAAAAUUGGGUUCAGGGUCAUUCGGUUCGGUCUACUUAUGUACUCACAUGAUGGAUGAAAUUGAGUUGGGAGUUUUUGCAGUCAAGAAGUUGGCACUUGGGGAUGAUGCCAAGCGACUUCGACAAGUCGUUCGAGAAGUGAAAGCCUUGGAGAAACUACGACACAUCAAUGUGAUUGACUACAAGCAUUCGUGGCUUGAAAUUGAUCGUCACUCUGAGCUGUGCCCAUAUGUGCCGUUUUUGUACAUCCUUAUGGAGGUUCGGAUGCACCUAGCGUUUUUGUCUUCAAAAAUAUCAACAUUCUGUACUACAAUGUGUCCGCUUUGCGUUUUGGUACCGCUUGUUGUUAGGUGUCAACUCAGGAAUAUUGCAACUAUGGUUCAC